GCAGGUCUAGCUGCCAAAACAGUGAAACGGAAAAAGGAACUGGCGCACUACGUGCAGUCGAACAAAAGUCCAAAUAGGUACUAUGUGUGUGUUCAUGACCCUCCGGCGAGCGCUUGAAAAAUGUUCGGGGAUUUCACUGCUAGGGAGAAGAAGAUGACAUUGGAUUUGAUUUUGGCAGGGAAGGUCGUUGUCACCACCGGCAGGACUUUCGCCAAGAAACUGAUGAACAUGAACGACCUCUACACAGAAGUGUGCAGGGAGAGAUACAUGGUGCGCAUGUUCAACUACGUGCUCUUCAAGUCAGAACGCAGAGGACAGCGUGAGUGGAAUGACGAUUUCUUCAUCCGGUAUGAUGAUAUUAUGAAGAGGUUUGAGCUGCACGGGUUGACGAAAGAGAUAUGGGAGAAAAAAAAGAUGAAACUUCCAGUUGAGAGAACGAACAACGUGCCGAAACGAUUGGGGGGGGUGGAUGAGGGAAAGUUGGGACAGGGGAAUGUGGGGUAUAAGCGGUACCACGACGCCAAGAUUGGUGCAAUUAAGAUAUUUCUGGCACGUUGCGAGGACCUGUGGUUCAACAGAAAGAUGCGCCGCAUCAACACAAGGAUCUACAACGAAGCGUUGGAGCCUGAAGACUGUUUCGAUAUAAUGGACAGUGAGGAGGAUACCGAUGAUGGCGAGAUCGACCUGCCGCUGCCUGAUGCAAGAAACCACGCAGCUGACAAGAACAUGCGCAUCGGGUCCUUAUCGGGGGGGGACCCGGUGGUGGUUGAAGUCGGUGGACCGACAAUGGCCAGCUGCAAGACCGCCCAGCUCACACAUACGCAGACGUCAUCCGCAGGAGAUGGUACCGAGGCAAGCACUUCGAAAUGGAAAGACAAGAGAGGCGCCCCAGGGUUUCCAACGCUGAUGCGGCAAAUGUUCGACCACAUCAUGGAAAUGCCAACAGAGAACCAAACUCGUGGUCAACAUGACGACUCGGAGCCCGAGGAGGAUGACAUGUGUCUGGAGGACAAUCCACUGUUCCAUAUUCCAGACGACGAGGACAAAGAUCUAACUCCUGGAGAUGAAAUCGAAAGCAUGUCGUCACAUGGAGGACGGAGUGGGGGGGAGCACGAUGCGGGAGAUGCACUGGUAUUUGGAGGAGCAAGCCCGCGGGACACUACCAAGCCUUUAGCGGAUAACAGAGAUGAGGGGGACAAACUUCUGCACAUGGUAUGCACUGGCUCUGGCUCGCAGAUAGCACCAGACUCGAUGGAGAGGGAAGAAGGUGGUGGUAUGGAGGGAGUUCGUAUGACACAUGGUCGUGAAGCGGGAAAUGAUGAUGAGGAAGCUGACGGGGAUGCAAACCUCGAACACAACAUGGACGUGGACAAUGAGGAUGGAUUGGGAAAGGAAGCUUCCUGCCGUGGCAGAUCCGGCAGCAGCAGUUCGAACGUGAUCAACUUGAUCGAGCAAUCAGUACACAAGACCGUUAUCCUCGUGAGAGUAGUUCGGGACGGUCCUGCCACUUUGAAGGAUCGCAUGGAUGUCGCGAUAGUCGGGGCAAUGGCGGUACUAAGUGCGAAACUCGUCGGUCAUCGAGUGGUGGAUGGUGGUAACCGAGAUGGUUGCGAGCUGGAUCUGAUUAUGGUCACCGCGCCGGGAUAAGGCAUCUCCGACCCUAUUGGUCUCACCCUUUAUGUGCUUAGUGGUGAAACAAAACUCGGAUAGGUCA